CAACUAGACAGUUAUGGGGAUUGUCUACAAUACGCCAAAAUCCAUUCAGGCCAGCGUCACGAUACUUGAGAACUUGCACUUGAUAAUCGAGAAGACGAAACCCGAGGAUGUCACCACAGAUAUAAUGCCGAUGCUAUUCUUUUCAUUUGACGGAUCCACAAUACAAGUGCAGAGUGCAGCCGUGGUGGCUGUGGGCAACGUAUUCGAUAGCAUCGCCGAGCUCUCCAUACGGCGCAUGGUCUUGCCCAAGGUGAAGAUGGUAUUCGAGAAGAACAUAACGGACCCCAAGAUUGUGCAGAAUGUGCUGAUAUGCAUUGAGCGUGUCAUGGAUCGCAUGGAGCGAGCUCAGGUCAUGGAGGAGGUGCUGCCCCUGCUGGCCAAUGUGCGCAUACCCGAUCCAGAUAUUACCAUGCGGACUGUGCGCAUCUACCACAAGAUGUUUGCCGAC